CAAAAGAUCCCCUUGGGAAUCGAGAAAGAGCUCGGCUUAUCCACACUCGAACACUUAACGCGUAACUAAGGUGACCUCAUUGGGAGAGAACCAAUGAGACGCGUCUGUGAUGUGGGCUGACCUGCGCGUCAGAAGCUCUUUGCAUCGCAGCUUCAAGUUUCCGACACCAACCAGCUCUCUUCUCACCGACGCCGCUGAACCAAAUUGAAUACCAGCCCUUACCUCCAAAUUCAACCAUCACAUUCCCACCCAAAAAACAAUAUUGAAACCCAUUGUCACCCGCCACGCAACUUGGCCCAUAAACCUGGAUAUUAGCAGCAAUGGCGACACCCACCCCGUCAACCGGUCCGGGGACUCCUCUCAAUCUCGAUCCAGAGCAGGCCGCGCUUAGCCUCAAGGUGUCGCUCGCCGAUCUCUCGGCCAAGGCGACGGCGCUGUAUGCUCACAAGCAGUAUGAGGACGCCGCCGAAGUGUACGCCCAGGCCGCCGAGAUGCAGGCAGAGAUGAACGGCGAAAUGAACCCCGAGAACGCCGAGAUCCUGUUUCUUUACGGACGCGCUCUGUUCAAGGUCGGUCAGAGCAAGAGCGACGUGUUGGGCGGAAAGGCCCCCGAGGCGAAGAAACAGCCAAAGCCGAAAGCCGCCAAGAAGGAGAAAACUGCCAAUGGGAGCAAUGCCUCGACUGCGCAAGCUGGAAAGAACGGCGCGGAAGCAAGCGAGAGUUUGCCAGCUGCUGCGAUCGCCGAGACAGAGACCAAGGUUGGCGAGGCCAUUGCGGAGGCGGCGGCCAAGGAGAUAUUGAAGAAGGAGACGGAUGCGCCCAGCGCCAAGCAGAAGACCCUGUUCCAAUUCGAGGGGGACGAGAACUUUGUCAACUCGGAGGAAGAGGAGGAGGAGGGAGAGGAAGGCGAGGGCGAGGAUGAAGAGGAGGACGACGAUCUUGCCAAUGCCUUCGAGAUCCUUGACCUGGCCCGCGUGCUCUUCAACAAGCGGCUGGAGUCUGCACUGGCCGAGGAGGAAGCGCAACAAGGCAAAGGCAAAGAGGUUGCUGAAGGUGGAGGCGACUCGGCCAUCAUCAAGCACAUCAAGGAGCGUCUGGCCGACACGCACGAUCUCCUCGCAGAAAUUUCGCUCGAAAACGAGAGGUAUCCCAACGCAAUCACCGAUUCCCGCGCCUCUCUCAAGUACAAGGAGGAGUUGUACCCGUUCGAGUCCGAGAUCAUCGCCGAAGCGCACUUCAAGCUCUCCCUAGCCCUCGAGUUCGCCUCCAUGACCAAGUCCUCCGACGACUCAGCAGCAGACACAGCAGCAGCAGCAGCAGGAGGAGGAGGAGGAGGAGGAGAAACCAUCGACCAAUCCCUCCGCGACGAGGCCGCGGCCGAGCUCGAGGCGGCCAUCAACAGCACCAAGCAGAAGCUGCACAACAAGGAGGUUGAGCUCGCCACGCUGCACGGCCCGCCCGAGGACACCGAGGCCACGCGCCAGCAGAUUGCCGACGUCAAGGAGGUGCUCGCCGACAUGGAGCAUCGCCUCGUCGAGCUGCGCAAGCCGCCCCUUGAUCUGAACUCGGCCCUGGGCAUCCCAGCAGCAGCAGCCUCUGGCUCGUCCUUUGCUGGUGCUGGUGCUGGAGAGCCAGAGAAGAAGGCUAAAGAUGCGACUGACCUCACGAACCUCGUCCGCAAGAAGCGCAAGGCUGAGGAUGAUAAGCCUGCUGGUGCCCCUGUCGUGGAGCCGAAGAAGGUGAGGGAAGAAGGGGAGGGUGCGGAUGAUCGCUAAACAGUUUACCCCUGGUCCAUGAUUGGGGUUAAGCCGGAGGGUUGUAAAAAAGCUGUGAUAUGGUGGUCAAAGGAAAAGGAAAGAAGGACGUUCCUCCGGGAGGAUGGCGGCAUGAUAGGCAUGCACGUGUUGUAUGAAUAGGCUUUCUUUCCUUGACCGUCUGUCUUCAUUAUCUUCUUGUAAGGGGCGGCGUACUGUUGUGGAUCUGGAUUGCGGUGUUUUCCUGCGGGCCAGCAGGAAACGAGCUUGUUUGCUCGACAAGAUAAGGAAGUAUGAAUUUGGGACAAGAGUCAAAAGAACCUCCAAUUGCUUUUGACAUUCAAACGUCUGGGUAUUAAAUGCUAUCCAGCUCUGUUGAGCUUUGCUGUAUUUUUGUCACUAUUGUCAUGC